UGUACGGGGAUUUAACAAUCCCAUCAAAGUCAAAGUAUUGUAAAAAAAACCUUCUUAAUUUGGUGCCCGUAUGAUCCAAUUCCGAUCUCUCCAGCGAUACUAGGGUUUAGGGUUUAAUUCGAUCUCCUUUGGUCUGCAAACGUUCCUCUCCGCCAAAUUGGCUGCGUUUCACCUAGUCUAGGUCGAAACUGUGACUUAUCAUUGACCUCCGCUGAAGCUCAAUCCGCUGGUUAGCGGUUCCUUGAUUCCCCACCGAGGGCUUCGAUUUUGGAAUUGGAAAUGGCCGAUCAGAGUGGCGACGUCUGCAGUUUCUUUAAGAAACCUUCAAGGAACAAGAACAUCCGGAAGAGAACGGCCACUGAAUCCACCGAAGGAGAAGAUGAAAACGGUGACCAAGAACCCCAAACCUCCCUCCCCUCUCAAAGACCCAAUAAAACCCUAGCUUCAGAUAAGGCACUCCACUUCUCAACCGCAACUUCCUCCUCAAAGCCAUCCGGUAAAGAUGAUGGCGAAAUCGAACCCAAGAGCGAGGCCGGCCUCUUUCACUUCGAGUCCUCCAAGCUGAUCCAGGUUCAGAAUGACAGCCGCGCCACUGCCUCUCUUCAGACCGAGACAGAGUUCGAUCGUGACGCGCGCGCGAUCCGCGAGCGAGUCCUCAAGCGGGCGGAGGAGUCUCUCAAGGGGAAAUCCGGGUCAGAGGUCAGUAACGAGAAAGUCUAUCGUGGCAUUCACGGUUACACCGAUUACAAGGCUGGGUUCCGCCGCGAACAGACAGUUGCCGGCGAGAAGGCAGGCGGUGCGCACGGUCCACUCCGCGCGUCGGAGCACAUCCGGGUCUCGGCAAGAUUCGACUACCAGCCGGACAUCUGUAAGGACUAUAAGGAGACUGGUUAUUGCGGUUUUGGGGAUGCGUGUAAGUUUAUGCAUGAUCGAGGCGAUUAUAAGUCUGGGUGGCAGAUGGAGAAGGAUUGGGAUGAGAGAGAGAAGGCCAGGAAGAGAAGGUUGGCCAUGGGAGGCGGUGGUGAGGAUGGUGAUGGUGGGAGUGAUGAUGAAGAUGAUCAUGACUUGCCGUUUGCUUGUUCUAUAUGUAGGAGACCUUUCGACGAUCCGGUUGUGACCAAGUGCAAGCACUACUUCUGUGAACACUGUGCCUUGAAGCAUCAUUCAAAGAAUAAGAAAUGCUUUGUUUGUAACACACCGACGCUGGGUAUCUUCAAUACAGCUCAAGAGAUACGAAAGAAGAUGGCACAAGAAAAGAAAUAAUUAUGGUGUUUUGACAGGUAGCGACUUGGUCAUGACGAGAGUCUUUCUUCUCAGGAACAGAUACCUCAAAGAACUAUCCCAACACUAGAGAGGAACUCGCCCAAUGUUAUCGAUGGGCGCCACUCGCCCACAUAUGGCAAGGAGCUUGCCCUAUGAUGGGCGACCAUGAAGUUCUUUGCGAAGCAAAUGGAUCGUUACUCGUCUCAAUCAGAUUCUUCUCCUCUGAGCCUACCAAACUUAGCCAGAGGAAAGCAUCUAUCUCAGGGGAUCCCCACUCCAUUCGGCCACCACUACCAACCUCAGAGACUCCUUACCCCCGCAAACACCACUGCUUGUCUUUCAUGACAAGGCGACCUCGAGCUUCCUACGCCAUUCACUGACCUAAUCAAAUGAUUCUAUGAUGCAAUCAAAAUUUAGGAAAACUAAGAUUGCAAAUAACUAUACGCCUUCCUUUCAAAAUAACUUUAACAAAUAAAAUAGGAUAAAACACUACUUAUAUGAGAACGGAAAACACAUACAAACAAACACAAUCUUAGAACAUAAAAACACCUAAAAACUUUUCAUUGAUUGAGAAGAAAGAUACAAUGGAAUGUUAACUUGUGGAGAGAAGAAAUAGAUUAGAAGUUCCGAGACUAAAUAAUAGAGGGGAAAGGGAAACGAGGCUAGCUCGCAAGCUAGAACAAAAUCCGCAGGUUUUCUUUUCCAAAAAUCACUAAAUUUUCACUCUUAAAACAUCCAUAAACUCCUCUAUAAAUAGGAUAGAAAAGGGAGGCCAAAAGCCAUGCUCAACUGCCCACACUACCAACCAAAAAAGGCAGCAUUUAAAGCACGUUUGGACCCCCACCCGAAUAGCCACAGCAAGGGAACCGGGGUCCGAGACAGCCAAGAACAGGAACCGAACAGCCAGCAAGGGAACCGGGAAAGCAAGGAACGGGAACCAAACAGCCAGCAAGGGGAACCGAGAAAGUAGGGAGCAGAACCGAAGAGCCCAGAAAGGGAAACCGGGGAAAGCAGGUAGCAAAAGCAGAAAUCGAACAACCCAGCAAAGGCUAGGGAGGGGGUGGCCAUGCUUACACUUAUGGGCUUGCCCGAUUGUUGACUCUACCCUCCUAUAAUCAUUCAAGAGGCGACGCAUGUCCUAGAUUAACAUGCUGCAUUGUAUGGGUAUUCUUGUAGCAUGUAUUUUUAUUUUUCUCUAUGUAAUUUCCUGUAAUCCUUUAAACUCUAUAAACAAGGGUAAUGAGGAACAGUUUGAGACUUUGUAUCUUUGAUAUGUUCUGAUUGAAAUAGUGAAGAUUCUACCAGCCAACUCUCCUCUCUACUCUUUCUAUAUUUUCCAUUCUCACUAACAGGUUUUCAACUCACUGAUAAGAUUUGAUGACCAAAACAGCACUCAACAAUAUUAAAAAAUAGCUAAUUUACUUUAAAUAUAUCCAGAAAUAGCACCAAGGGGCUGUAAUUACCAAUCUCCAAGCAAAGGAAGACAAUAUAUAAGUUGACUCAUUGUUCGAGAGGUGAAUCAUCUCUCCCACAAUUUUGUUCUAGAGGUGAAUCGUCUCUCCCACAAUUCCUAACAGCCACUAGGAACCCAAAAACUCCCACAAAAAUGGUUGUAGCAAAUAAAAUUAAAACAUAAACCCUAACCCCCAUAAUUUCCCCUCUUAAAUAGCUCAAAAUCCUCUAAUAAAUGUCCCUUACAUCUUUCCCAAAGAGUUCCUCCAAAUCCUCUUCUCCUAUAGGCGAUAAAGGAGGUCAUGGGCCCCACAUGGGCACUUGCGUUGUUGCCCACCUUGGCAGCUAUGUUGCCAACUGCUGCAUCAAUACUCUCAUUCCAAAAAGUCACCUUGUCCUCAUGGUGGAAAGAGGAAAAUUGCUUCUGGAUGUUAUUGUAGGGCUCCCAUGUCACCUCAUACUCUAAUUAAUCAUUCCACUUGAUCAGCACCUCCUUGAUCCCUUAUCUCCUUUGUGCACCCCUUUCAUCUCCACUGGUUCUAAUAGCAUCUCCAUAUCCUCUGACAGUGUGGCCGAUAGUGCAGGCGAGGGUGUGUGGUUUCCAAUGGCUUGUCUCAGUUGCAAUACAUGAAAUACGAGAUAGAUGGCUACGGUCGAUGACAACCUUAGGCGAUGUGCUACUGCGUCAAUGCGCUCCACUACCUCAUAAGGUCCAAAGUAACGAGAAGGAGGCUUCUCAUUCCUUCGUCAAGCCAAAGUCUUCUAUCUGUACGGUUGGAUCUUCAGAUAAACCCUAUCCCCUACCUCAAACUGCGUGUUUCUCUUGUGUCAAUCUACCUGCUUUUUUAUGAUUUACUGUGCUCUCUAUAAAUGUUCCUUCAAUUCUACUAAAAUCCGAUCACUUUCUCCCAAGUUCUGCUCCACUGAUGAUACUGGUGUGUUGCCAUGCUCAUAAUUUAUUAAAUGAGGGGGAUCCUUCCCAUAUAUGAUUAAAUGUUGUAUGGGCUGUUGUAUGAUAUGAAGUUUUAUAGCAAUAUUCCCCCCAGGCUAACCACUUAGCCCAUAUCUUUAGUGUUUCUGAUACAAAGCAACAAAGAUAAGUCUCCACACUGCAAUUUAUCACCUCCUUUUGGCCAUCCAUUUGAGGGUGGCAUGCUGUGUUCCACUUCAAGAUAAUCUCUUACAUCUUGAAUAACUCUCUCCAUAAGUGGCUCAAAAAGACCUUGUCCUGAACUCCUGAUCGGACAUAAUGGCUUCAGGUAUGCCAUGUAAACGAACCACCUCUUUAAUGAAUGCGGCUGCCACCGACACCGCGGUGCAUGGGUGACAUAAGGGAAUGAAAUGAGCAUAUUUGCUCAAUCUGUCUACCAACACUAUGAUCACAUUGAACCCAACACUAUGAUCACAUUGAACCCUUCCGAUCUAGGUAGUCCUUCAAUGAAGUCCAUAAUCACCUCUUCCCACAUCUUCUCGGGUAAUGUCCAAGGCUAUAGAAGACCACCUGGAGCGAUAGUCAUGUAUUUAUCUCUGGCAAAUAUCACAAUUUUCCACCAACUCCUCAUCAUCCUUCUGGAUGCCCACUAAGUAUAGCUCCACUACCAGUCUAUGAUGUAUUCUGAACUCUUGAAUAUCUCCUAAUAGUUGUGCCAUAAAACUCCUGCAACAAGAGAGGGAUGUGUGGCGUUGUCCUCGAUAGCACAAACCAUCCCUGGUAUAGCAGCUUCUAACCCAUCAAAGAGUAACUAGGAUGGCUAUCCUUGUCAUGUAGUAAGUGUUUCCGAUCUUAUUCAGCUCUUCAUCUUGCUCGCUCUCACGCUUCAAGGCCUCCCAAUCCACCACCAUGGGAAUAGAUAGAGUUAUAACCCGAGGGUCUUCACUACGCCUAGAGAGAGCACCUGUAGCUUUAUUUUUCAGCCCAGGCUUGUACUAAAUCUCGAAGGCAUAACCCAACAACUUGGAAAGCCACCGCUGAUGCUCCUUUGUAACCAUCCUUUGCUCUAACAGGAACUUAAACUCCUUUGGUCUGUUCUGACUAUGAAGUGUCAUCCCAAUAGGUAAGGUUGUCAUCUAUUGCCAACACUAUCACCAUUAACUCCCUUUCAUAUAUUGAUUUCAGCCGCACCCUAGCGGUCAAUACUUGGCUGAAAAGCUAUAGGCCUCUAUGUAAUGCCUAGAAUCAAAUUUAGAAGAAUUAUGUAUUUUAUCUUUUUAUAAAUAUAUCAGAGCUUCUAUAAAUCAUCAAUAUAAAUAAUAACCAGCGAAAGCAACCAACAAUUACAUACCUCAAAAUAUUGCAUUAUAUACAUCCCCCCAAAGCGAGUUAUGGAGCAUAGAUUGCGGCGUGAUACUAAUGUUUCUCAAAAUCAAUUUGGAUU